ACUGCCUGUAGGCUUAAUGGGGCACUCUCUGGCAAUGGUGUGAUUAACAUUCAUGUCUGCCCCUCCCUGUCAGCUGGCAGUGUUUAUUUACUAUGCUGUGUGGAAGCCUCAAAAACAGUGGAUCACCUUGGACACAGGCAUCCUGGAGAGUCCCUUAACCUACAGUCCUGAGAAGAGAGAGGAAGCCUGGAGGUUUAUCUCCUACAUGCUGGUCCAUGCGGGAGUUCAGCACAUUGUGGGGAAUCUUCUUAUGCAGCUGGUUUUGGGAAUUCCCUUGGAAAUGGUCCACAAAGGCCUCCGAGUGGGGCUGGUAUACCUGGCAGGAGUGAUUGCAGGUUCCCUUGCCAGUUCCAUUUUUGAUCCACUCAGGUUUCUUGUGGGUGCUUCAGGAGGAGUUUAUGCCCUGAUGGGAGGUUAUUUUAUGAAUGUUCUAGUGAAUUUUCGAGAAAUGAUUCCUGUCUUAGGAAUUUUCAGACUACUGAUCAUCAUCCUUAUAGUUGUGUCAGACAUGGGAUUUGCUCUCUACAGAAGGUUCUUUGUCCCUGAAAAUGGGUCUCCGGUGUCCUUUGCAGCUCACAUCGCAGGUGGAUUUGCUGGAAUGUCCAUAGGUUAUACUGUGUUUAGCUGCUUUGAUAAAGCACUGCUGAAAGAUCCAAGGUUUUGGAUAGCAAUUGCUGCUUAUUUAGCUUGUGUCUUAUUUGCUGUAUUUUUCAACAUUUUCCUGUCCCCAGCAAACUGACCUGCCCCUAAUUUAAGCCCAAUAAUAAAAAGAGCCAUAUGAGGGAGAAAUGGAAAACUUUAUGAAGAAACAGAGUUCCAACAAAUGCUAACAGUUUUAUAAAGAGGAUAAAACAACACCUAACUCAUCAGUUGCAAGCAAGGACUGCUUACAAAAGGGCUUUCUGAUUAGAGGAAGAACCUUCUGAAUGCCAAGAGCAGGGAGAGAAAGAAAAAACACUAGUAGUAAAAACCAGAGAUUGGGUCUUCCAGGCACAUGGUAUGCAUGGAUAUAUUCUAUAAAAGAGAACUGGCUUUACUUGGAGGACAUACUUUGGAGACUGUUUCAUAGAAUCCAUGGAUACUGUACUACGUGAAAAAUAAAAACUUUUCAUAUCUGUGUUAUACUCUUGA